AUGAUGGAUUACGCCCUCGAUCCGGCAAGAAACGGCACAGUUCUAGAUCAACGAUAUGAGCUACUCGAGACCCUUGGAAAGGGCAAGUUCGCUGUCGUCAAGCUUGCUCGCCACUUACUGACGGAUGUGCGCGUGGCGAUCAAAAUUAUCGACAAGAAUAAGCUUGACGAAGUUUCUAAGCUGCAUCUUUACAAAGAAGUAACAUGCAUGAAACUGCUGCGGCAUCCGAAUGUAAUUCGCCUCUACGAAGCGAUAGAUACGACGAAUCACCUCUUCCUUGUGAUGGAACUUGGUGAUUCCGGAGACUUAUACGAUUACAUUCGCCAAUUUGACAAUGGCCUUGACGAAGCGAGGGCGAAGUUAUUUUUCGCUCAAAUGGUGACAGCGAUCGAUUAUUGCCAUUACCGGCGUGUUGUUCAUCGUGACCUCAAGCCAGAAAACAUGGUAAUCUCUUCCGAAAACGAGUCUGUGAAGCUCACAGAUUUUGGCUUUUCCAAUGUAUUUGAAGAAGGGAAAUUUUUGCAGACAUCAUGUGGCUCUCUUGCUUACUCCGCGCCUGAAAUCCUUCUCGGCGAAGAAUACGAUGCUAGUGCAGUUGAUGUUUGGUCCCUAGGAGUCAUUCUGUACAUGCUUCUAUGUGGGGAAGCGCCCUUCAAUGAAACCAAUGACUCGGAAACCUUGACGAUGAUCAUGGAUUGCAGAUAUACGGACUUAGAAAAUGUCUCCGACGAAUGCAAUGAUUUGAUCAGAAAAAUACUGAAACGCGAGCCGUCGGAUCGAUUGAAAAUUCACGAGAUUUUAAACCACGAUUGGCUUAAGGAUCUUGGCGAGGCAGUCGCUCCGAACCACGCAGAGCACCUCGAAGCAAAGAAGCUCGUCCAGUCUCGUGAUCACAACCGAAUAUGUCAGUUUUUGCUUCAGAGCGGAGUAGUUACAGAUGCCGCAGCGGAACUUGUCGCUACUGACGAGGAGAUCACUGAAGCUAUUCUCAAGGACGAUUAUAACCCGGUGACCGCGGCAUAUUUGCUGUUCGCUGAGAAAUUAGAGCGUACUAAAGGUUCUAGACGCUCAACCAGAACAACACCACGCUCUACUCAUAUAUCACCGAAUCCCAGUCAGCCCCCAAGCCCAAGAUCAACGUCUCCUACUCCGGGACAGUCACCACCAAGAACGAAUCGUCUUUCCGGAAAAAUGUCUCCAGCUCCACCUCUACCUCGAGAACAUCUUACUAUAACACCAAGAAAGGGCCCCGUUACAAAAGAAGGAAUUGAGCACCUGGCGGAGGAGGAGCGCACCAGCCGCAGUCAGACAACAACGGAUGACGAAGAUGAGCGCGAAUACCGCUGCUGCUUCUCUCCCGAUGAGACACUCUCUCAUGUGUCCGCCCGUCUUCGCGCUGCCGGAGGAGAGCUACGAUCCAAGUCCUCAAAUUCUAGAACUUCCGACAAGAAGGACUGGUCGAACCAGCAAUCCUCGCGGACAAGCUACGAGCUCAAUGAAAUAUUCGAAGAGCCCGAGUCCGAACUAGACGAUUUCGACGUGGAAGCCAGCCCUCGUCAAAAUCGAUUAAACAUGGGCACCUCACCUUCCUGCGCACGUCGCCGGCAACGUCGUGAAGAGUACAGCUCUUUCGAAAAUUUCAUUCCUCCCUCUUCUUUUUCAACUGCCAGUUCAGAUUCAGAGUCCUCUGAGUCCCGCCGAACUUCUUCUCGUGAUUUAUCUGUUUAUGCUGCACAACUCAAAAACUCGCACAACCGACGUGACAGUUCUGAGGAGCGAGAUCCUCCCAGCGGAACAUCAUUUCGAAAUGAUUCCUCAAUGUCAAAUCUCUCCAAUGCCAAAACUUGUGAAACAAAGUCCAACGCAAACGAAACCUCCGAUACCACAAAGUCAACAGAAAAAAACUCAAAUUCCAAAGUUAACUCAACAGCCUCGCAAAAUUCACAACAGCGACAGCAACAAGAACCGAAACAUCAAAAACGGAGACGAAAAAAGCGAAACCCGCAAAAGCAAGGAAGCCACGAGCAAAUGCUCGACUCCAUUGCUGAAAAGGGGGAUUCAGGAACGAUGAAGUGUUCGACGUCAUUGCCUCGCCGAACCUAUCGUGGAUAUCAGAAAAGAUAUCAGAUAAAAUCGUUACCUACGCCCCUGCUGUCACCUACAUAA